AUGGUGCCCGCUGGACAGACGGUCGAGCGCUUCUCUGUUUCUCCGCCUCUCCUCUCGUCGACGAGGAUGAGUUCAAACGCAUCUGAUGAUCUAAAAGAAGAAAAAGAUGUGGAAAUAUCGGCUGGAGAAGUGACGAACAGUGAAGCCGAGGAUGGAGAGGUUCUUGAAUCACGCAAACGAAAACAUUCUGAAAAUGUCGACGAUGAGGGAAAGAAGAAACACAAGAAAGAAAAGAAGCACAAAAAGGAGAAGAAACACAAGAAAGAGAAAAAGCACAAAAAGGACAAGGAACGCCACAAAAAAGAUAAGAAGACCGACAGCAGCCCUAAAGCCGAUGGUGACGCUGUUGAUGAAACGAGGAAGAUUGUGAUGAAGAUCAGUGAUGAAAAGUCGAAAGACGCAUUGUCUAAGAGCAAAUGGGAAGAAGAGGACGAAAACUCCCAGCCAACUUUUGUGGUGACCCUCAAAAAUGGAAAGCAGCGUACGACCAGCGAACGAUCCAACGAUGAGAAACCGUCUGAUGACGCACAAAAGGUUGCUUCAACUGACACAAAAAGCUCCAGAAAGCGCUCCUCUAGUGGAACCAGCGUGAAACCGGAAAAAACUGAUCCAAAGGAAACGAUCAAAAGCAAAGAUAUCGAGAAGGAGAAAUCAAAAGCAAGGGAGCGGUCGAGAAGUAGGAGUACAAGCAAAAACAGGAGAAAGGAAGAGAGUGUGAAGAGCAAGGACGAGAAACCACGAGCAAAAGAGCACUCGCGUACCAGGAGUCCUGUUAGAAGAGUCAGAGAUGAUAGUCGUGAUCGAGAUCGACGACGGGAAACGAGCAGAGAUCGCGAGCGUAAUCGAAAACUGGACGCGACUCGUUCAAGGAGGACUCCCGAACGUCGUCGUAGUAAAAGCAUUGAAAGAAGGCGCUCACCGAUAAGAAGACGUUCGCCUGAUAGAAGAAGGUCGCCAGAAAGACGUCGCUCGCCUGACAGAACUCGUGAUAGGCGCCGAUCACACUCUCGUGACCGUCGUAGAUCGACUUCGAGGGAUCGUAGGGAUAGAGAUAGACGGCGAAGCAGAUCUACCGAUCGACGAGGUAAGCAUCGCGAUGAUAGGGACAAGAAAAAGAAAAUCGAAGAUGACGAUGCGCCAAAUGUUGAAUGGAAUUUAUCUGACGAUUCUGAUGAGGAAGCGAAAAUUGAGGAACUUCGUAAGAAACGCCAGAAAAUGCUUGAGCAAAUUAAGGACAAGAAUACACCGAUUUAUGAAAAUAAAGAGCUGAACACGCCGACUCCAUCCAGUGCUAAAACGACCAGUGUAGUCAACACUCCGGUUAAAAAUAAUGUCCUUGCUCCAAAUAAAGAUCAAGACAGCGAUGACGAGGAAGAGGACGAAAGAGAGAAAUUAUUGAGAGAAGCGAGAAGCUUGAUUGGCGGCAAAAUGGGCGAGUCAGGAAGUGCAUCUCCAUCUACGAACGAUAGUCCUGAACAUGGUGGCACGAGUACUCCUGGAGACUUCUUUGCUAAUUUAAAGGAGAAAAUGGUACAUAUCAGGGGUCGUGAUGUUUCUUCUGUUGACCAUGAUCUCGAGGAAGCACGCCAAAUGGAAAUGGAUGAAGAAAAGGCUCGUCAAGAAGAUAAAGAUGCGAUAGCAGAAAGGAGGAGGAAACUUCUCAAAGAAGCCCAAGAAAAGACUAAGAAAGAGGAGGGUGGCUUUGACAUGUUUGCCGAUGAUCCCGAGAUUCCGCUUGACGAUAUUGGAGCCACGGUGAUCAAGGCACAUGGAGAUGCGAAGAAUAAUGCUUUGAAGGAUAAUUGGGAUGACACUGAAGGAUAUUACCGUGUUCGAAUUGGUGAGGUUAUGGAUGAACGUUAUCGUGUGUUUGGCUAUACUGGAGCUGGUGUAUUUGGAAACGUCGUUAGAUGUACGGAUAUUUCAAGAAGUAACGCAACAGUUGCGGUGAAAAUUAUCCGAAACAAUGAAAUAAUGCGAAAAACCGGUUUGCGUGAGCUGAAUGUGUUGAAAAGAUUGAACGACGCGGACAAACAGGAUAAAUAUCACAUCUUGCAACUUCAUCGCACAUUUGAACACCACAAUCAUCUGUGUCUCGUCUUCGAAAAUCUCAGUAUGAAUCUUCGCGAGUUACUGAAGAAAUACGGGAACAAAGUCGGAUUACAUAUGAAGGCUGUGAGGAGCUACGCAACUCAGCUAUUGAGUGCGCUUCGUUUGCUGAAGAAAUGUGAGAUAAUUCAUGCUGAUAUCAAGCCCGACAAUAUUCUGGUCAACGAGUCGAAGCUGCACCUCAAACUCUGUGAUUUUGGGUCAUCUGGAAAGUUGAACGAACAAGAAAUUGCUCCAUAUUUGGUUUCAAGAUUUUAUCGUGGGCCAGAAAUUAUGCUUGGUAUCCCUCAUGACUAUGGUGUUGAUUUGUGGUCGGUGGCUGUGACACUCUACGAAGUUUAUACUGGCCGCAUCAUGUUUGUUGGAGGAUCGAAUAAUCACAUGCUAAAGCUUUUCACCGAUCUUAAAGGAAAAUAUCCCAACAAAUUGGUGAAACGAUCCGCUUUUAAAGAUCAACACUUUGACGGCAAUUUUAAUUUCCUCUACCAUGAAGUGGACAAAGUAACGAAAAGGGAUAAGAUUUCCGUGUUGUCUAACAUUAAACCUAGCCGAAGUUUGGAACAGGAAUUGAUGGGAGAUCAAGAUUUGGAUAGUAUUCAAUUGCAACAGCUUCAACAGUUCAAGAAUUUCCUCGAGCAAAUGCUGAUCAUCGAUCCGGUGAAGAGAAUGACGUGCAAUGACGCGAUUAUUCAUCCAUUCAUCACAAACAAGCUUGGCCCU